AUGUUGGGUGUAGCAGGACCAAAGCCACCCGGGCCCAAAUACGGCCAGCCGGUACUUCCUAACCUGAAUGUCCGCCAGAUCUGCCCGAAUUGCAGGUCGGACCCACCGAAUAUCAUCGAAGAAUAUUCAAAGGGGGAUUUGGUCUGUGCAGACUGUGGUACCAUACUCGGCGACAGAAUUGUAGACACCAGGAGCGAAUGGAGAACCUUUGCUGGCGAUGAGGGUGGUGACGACCCGUCCCGAGUCGGAGAUGCCGGAAACCCUCUUCUCGGCUCGAACCACCUGGACACCAUGAUCUCUGGGCGGGACGGCAUGACCGGCAUGUCGCGUGACCUCCAGCGCGCCCAGAACCGUGCCAACGCCCACAAUCAGAACGGCAAGACGUCCACCGCAAAUCUCCAAGCUGCCUUCUCGCGUAUCUCGGAGAAGUGCGACGUCAUGCAGCUCGGCUCCAAUAUCACCACUCGGGCGCAGCAUGUCUACAAGAUCGCGGACGAGAAGAAGGUGACCAAGGGGAAGAAUGAGAAUGUGGUCAUUGCGGCGUGUAUCAUCUUUGCGUGUCGUGAUGGCGGGGCGAACCGGUCAUUCACCGAGGUGUGCAAGGCGCUCAAGGUGUCAAAGAAGGAGCUGGGCCAGGUGUUCAACGUCAUCAAGGCCGCUGUACAAGAGGAGCGGAGCAAGUCAGGCACUCUGCCCUCCACGGCCGGAAUCGCCAGUCUUUCCGAGACAGUCGAGGGUCUCAUGGGCCGAUACUGCAACUACCUCGACCUCUCGACCUCCCUCUUCAAUUCGGCCAAGUACAUCUCUACCCACGCGGCCAGCAAGACAGACAUCGACGGGCGCACAUACCCGUCUAUCGCUGCUGGGGUUCUCUACCUCGCCUGCGUUCUCUUUGGGCUCACCACUGGCGCAAAGGACCUGGCCGAAGUGGCGGGUGUCACGGAUUCUACCAUCAAGCUGAUCUGCAAGAAGGUCGCUGCGAAGCUUGACCAGGUCAUCAAGCCUGAAUGGAAGGAGUCAUAUCCGAAAGGCUACCAGCACCUCCUGGCCAUCGGGAAAGUCAACGAGCCCGGUACCAACGGCAGCCAGCGCUCCAGCACUCCGAAGACCAAUGUGAACGGCGAAGCCCAACCCGCCGCUGCUGCGACCCCUCUCAUCUCGGCCUGA